AUCUUCAACAAGAGCAAGUGUCAGAACGGCUUCAAGCCCCGCGAGUCGCAUCUGCUCAACGACGAGGACCUGACGCAGGCAAAACCCAUUUAUGGUGGCUGGCUGCUCUUGGCUCCAGAUGGGACUGACUUUGACAAUCCAGUACAUCGGUCUCGGAAAUGGCAGCGGCGGUUCUUUAUCCUCUACGAGCAUGGCCUCCUGCGCUACGCCCUGGAUGAGAUGCCCACAACCCUCCCUCAGGGCACCAUCAACAUGAACCAGUGCACAGACGUGGUGGACGGAGAGGGCCGGACAGGCCAGAAGUUCUCCCUGUGCAUUCUGACCCCUGAGAAGGAGCAUUUCAUCCGGGCAGAGACCAAGGAGAUCAUCAGCGGAUGGCUAGAGAUGCUCAUGGUCUAUCCCAGGACCAACAAGCAGAACCAGAAGAAGAAGCGGAAAGUGGAGCCUCCCACGCCACAGGAGCCAGGGCCAGCCAAGAUGGCUGUCACCAGCAGCAGCAGCAUCCCCAGCGCCGAGAAAGUCCCCACCACCAAGUCUACACUCUGGCAGGAAGAAAUGAGGGCCAAGGACCAGCCAGAGGAGAGCAGCCUGAGUCCAGCUCAGAGUCCCAGCCAGAGCCAGCCUCCUGCUACCAGCGCCCUGAGGGAACCUGGGCUGGAGGGUGAAGAUGAGGAGAGCGCCAUGAGCAGCGACCGCAUGGACUGUGGCCGCAAAGUCCGGGUGGAGAGUGGCUACUUCUCCCUGGAGAAGACCAAGCAGGACUUGAAGGCCGAGGAGCAUCCACUGCCCCAGCCGGUCUCCCCUCCCAGCCCCAGCACCCCCAACAACAGCAGGCAGUAUGCCGCCCUGGCCGACGUCCCUAAGGCCAUCAGGAUCAGCCACCGAGAAGCCUUCCAGGUGGAGAGAAGGCGGUUGGAGCGUAGGACUCGGGCCCGGAGCCCUGGCAGGGAAGAGGUGGCCCGUCUGUUUGGCUACGAGCGGAGGAGGUCUCAGGUCAUCGAGAAAUUUGAAGCCUUGGACAUUGAGAAGGCAGAGCACAUGGAGACCAACUUGCCAGCGGGGCAUUCGCCAUCAAGCGACACGCGCCAGGGCCGUAGUGAGAAGAGGGCGUUCCCCAGGAAGCGGGACCUCCCCAGUGAAGCCCCCACAGCUCCUCUCCCGGACGCCUCAGCCUCCCCCCUGUCUCCACACCGAAGAGCCAAGUCACUGGACAGGAGGUCCAUGGAGUCCUCACUGACGCCUGACCUGCUGAAUUUCAAGAAAGGCUGGCUGACCAAGCAGUACGAGGAUGGCCAGUGGAAGAAACACUGGUUUGUCCUUGCUGAUCAAAGCCUGAGAUACUACAGGGAUUCGGUGGCCGAGGAGGCGGCUGACUUGGAUGGGGAAAUUGACUUGUCUACAUGUUAUGAUGUCACGGAGUAUCCAGUGCAGAGAAAUUAUGGCUUUCAGAUACAUACGAAGGAGGGCGAGUUCACCCUCUCGGCUAUGACGUCGGGAAUCCGGCGGAACUGGAUCCAGACCAUCAUGAAGCACGUCCAUCCGACCUCUGCCCCAGAUGUGACAAGCUCCUUGCCGGAGGAGAAAAGCCGCAUCAGCUCCUCCUUUGAGACCUGCCCAAGGCCAAGUGAGAAGCCGGAGGUGGAGCCCAGGGAGCCAGACCCUGAGCCGAAGAGGAGCCGAGCUCGCGAGCGCAGGCGGGAGGGGCGCUCCAAGACCUUCGACUGGGCUGAGUUCCGCCCCCUGCAGCAGGCCCUAGCUCAGGAGAGGGCAGGUGCAGGGCUGCCCAGCAGUCUCUCCGAGGCCGGGCCGGGGGAGCUGGAGCGGGAGCGGGCGCGCAGGCGGGAAGAGCGCCGUAAGCGCUUCGGGAUGCUCGACACAGUGGACGGGCCAGCCACUGAUGACACGUCCUUGCGGAUGGAGGUGGAUCGGAGCCCGGGGCUACCUGUGGCCCCCGACCUCAAGACACAGAAUGUCCAUGUGGAGAUCGAGCAGCGGUGGCAUCAGGUGGAGACCACCCCUCUCCGGGAAGAAAAGCAGGUGCCCAUUGCCCCUCUGCACCUGUCCUCUGAGGACAGAAGUGACCGGCUCUCUACUCAUGAGCUGACCUCCCUGCUGGAGAAGGAGUUGGAGCAGAGCCAGAAGGAGGCCUCAGACCUUUUGGAGCAGAACCGGCUCCUUCAGGACCAGCUGAGGGUGGCUCUGGGCCGGGAGCAGAGUGCCCGGGAGGGCUAUGUGCUGCAGACUGAAGUGGCCACCUCCCCAUCUGGUGCCUGGCAGAGGCUCCACAGAGUCAAUCAAGAUCUACAAAGAGAGCUGGAGGUCCAGUGCCGGCGCCAGGGGCUGACUACACAGCAGACCCAGGCCCUGAAGUGCAGCUACGGGGAGGCUGAGGAUGCAGUCCGGCACCAUGAGGCCGAAAUCCGCAGCCUCCAGGCGAGGCUCAGCACCGCUGCCGCCGAGCUCACCUUCAAGGAACAGGCACUGGCCCAGCUCAAGGGGGACCUGAAACUGGAGAAGGACAAGGCCCGUGAGCACUUGGAGGAGUGGCAGCACAGCAAGGCCAUGCUGAGCGGUCAGCUUCAGGCUAGCGAGCAGAAGCUCAAGAGCGCAGAGGCCCUGCUGCUGGAGAAGACGCGGGAGCUGCGGGACCUGGAGACGCAGCAGGCGCUGCAGAGAGACCGGCAGAAGGAGGUGCAAAGGCUGCAGGAGCGCAUCGCAGACCUCAGCCAGCAGCUCAGUGCUAGCGAGCAGGCUCAGCGGCUGAUGGAGGAGAAGCUGCAGAGGAACUACGAGCUGCUGCUGGAGAGCUGUGAGAAGGAAAAGCAGGCAUUGCUGCAGAACCUGAAGGAGGUGGAGGACAAGGCCAGUGCCUACGAGGACCAGCUCCAGGACCAUGAGCAGCAGGUGGAGGCCCUCCAGAGGGAAAAGUUAAGCGCCAGGUCUGAGGGCAGCCAGGCGGUGCGCCAGCUGGAGGAGCAGCUGCAGGUGAAGGAGGCCAGCCUCCAGACGCUGGCCCAGCACGUCCAGAGCCUCAGGGAUGAGCGGGACCUGGUCCGGCAGCGGUUCCAGGAGCUGACGGAGCGUGUCGCCCUGUCUGAUGGGGAUGUUGCGGAGCUUCAGCAGAAGCUGCAGGGCAGAGAGGCCGACUACCAGAGCCUGGAGCAUGCCUACCAGAGGGUGGCCAGCCAGCUCCAGGGCAUGCACACCCUGCUGAGAGAGAGGGAGGAGGAGCUGAGGCACAUCAAGGACGUGCAUGAGAAAGUUCUGGAAAAGAAAGAUCAGGCCCUCAAUGAGGCUUUGGUUAAAAUGGUUGCCUUGGGGAGCAGCUUAGAGGAAACAGAAAUGAAGCUCCAGACAAAGGAAGAGAUUUUAAGGAAAUUUACCAAGGCAUCUUCAGAGGAAGUGGAGGAGCCGCAGAGCUCCCUGGGAGAAGCAGAGGAUGGCUUUGCGCUUUCGGGCCUGCAGCUCCCAGCCUCAGGCACAUCCCCAGGCUGCCCACACUUGAGGCUUGAGGAUGAGGACCCAGGAGCUGCCCUUAAGGAGAAACAUGGGCACAGCAGCCCCACGAGAGAAGUGAGCAUGAUGCCCCCAAAGUCAGAAGUGCCUGAGAAGGAGGGGCACUCGCGGAACACAGCAAAAUGUGAGCAGUGUGUACCCGGCAUUAAUAGGCAAAGAAUCCGGUUCUCCACGAUCCAGUGCCAGAAAUACACCCACCCCGAUGGGUCCGAGAAGACCUGGACCAGCAGCACGUCUUCCGACACCAGUCAGGACCGGUCACCCUCCGAGGAGAGCAUGUCGUCAGAGGCCACCCUCAGCUCUGUCCCUGCAACCAGCGACUCUGAUACCUACCUCUCCAUAAUACACUCCCUGGAGACCAAGCUCUACAUCACAGAAGAGAAGCUCAAAGAUGUGACGGUGAAGCUGGAGAGCCAGCAGGGCCAGAGCCAGGAGGCCCUGCUCACACUGCACCACCAGUGGGCUGGCACUGAGGCCCGGCUCCGCGAGCAGCUCCGCGCCAGCCUGCUCCAGGUUGGCACGCUGGCCUCCCAGUUGGAGCAGGAGAAACAGGCCAGGGCGAAGAUCAUUGAAAAUCACGUAGGGAAGCUUGGCAAUUUCCAGGUAAAAAACACGCAGGCCCUUGCUUGCUUAGAAAAUUGCCGAGAACAGCUACGGUCUCUGCCAAGGUCUGGCCAGGAGGAAGCCCCGGGGGCAGGAGCAGGCCCCCUGGCCAGCGUGGAGAGCGUGCUAGUAAGCGCCAUCCAAGCUCUGCGUCACUGGCCAGCCCCUGCAGACAGCGGGUCCCAAACUCCGCUGGAAGAAGAGAGCUUCCUGGAGAGAGGGAAGGAGACUCUGCAGCAGCCAUCUCCGCAGCCGGAGCUGACCGAGCAGGAGCAGCUGAAGCUUCUUGCUGAUCAAAUAGCUCUGGAAGCCUCUCUGAUAAACCACAUAGCAGACUCUUUAAAAAACACAACGUCAGAUAUCUCGCACGUUCUCGAUGAGGUUUCUCAGUCAGGAAAGUUGCCCCUGGAGUCUGGGAGUGCAGUCUGUCUGGGGGCCCCAGCAGACACCUGGGCUAAGAAGGUGCUGGUGGAUGGUGAAUUCUGGAGCCAGGUUGAGUCCCUGAGUAAGCACCUGGGGACAGUGGGGGGAGAGGCAGCCAGUGCAUCAGGAGGUGGGCAGCAGAGCAUCCCACCAGCCCUGGUCCCCACCCUGGCAGACGCCACGUGGGUCAGGGCGGAGCUUAGCUUUGCUGUGCAGUCAGUGAGGGAGUCAUUCCAGCGUCGGUUGCAGAGCAUUCGGGAGACUCUCCGGGGGACCCAGGCAGCCCUGCGGCAGCAUAAGCAUGCACUGGAAGAAAUCCUGGGAGCAUACCGAACCCCUGACUUUGAGAGGGUGAUGCAGCAGGUCGCAGAGGCCCUCAAGCUCCCAGCAGGCACUGCAGAAGGUGUCCAGGCUCCCUGGGACUUGAGCCCAUUAAGAGAAGAACUGAGUCAUCAAGACACAGCUGGCUUCCAGGAGCCCUUCCACUUCUCCGACCAGAACUCUGGGGCCAUCGUUGGGAUUCAGGAAGAACUCGCCCUGCAGCUUAAAGAUAAAGCCCGCCUCUUAGGAGAGAUAUCUGCCUCUUUAACUUCUCUUCCCCCUGUGGGAUCCAUAAGAGAUUGUCAGAAGCUUCUUCAGGUGUCCCGGAAUCUCUCCUGUAACACUUAUUUGGGAGGCCUUGGUCAGUAUUCUUCAUUAUUAGUUAAAGAUGCAAUUAUUCAGGCUCAGGUGUGUUAUGCAGCCUGCAAAAUUCGGCUGGAGUAUGAAAAAGAGCUUCAGUGCUACAAGGAGUCCUGGCAGAGCAGGGGGGCCUCCUGCCAGGAGCACGAGCAAGCUGUCGGAGCCCUGAGGGAGGAGUACAAGGAACUUCUCCGGAAGCAGAAGAGUGAGUACCUGGAAGUGAUUGCCAUCAUUCAAAGGGAAAAUGCAGAGCUCAAGGCCCAGGUCACCCAGCUAGACCAGCAGCAGAGGUAUCUGGAGGAAGUGGAGAGCAAGCACAACGAGAACAUGUUUGCCCUGCAAGGGAGGUACGAGGAGGAGAUCCGGUGUGUGGUGGAGCAGUUGAACAGAGCCGAGAAUACAUUGCAGGCUGAGCACAGCCGAGUCCUGAGCCAGCUGGACGCCUCAGUCAGAGACAGGCAGGACAUGGAGAGGCACCAUGUGGAGCAGAUGCAGACCCUGGAGGACAAGUUCCAGCUCAAGGUCAAAGAGCUACAGACCAUCCAUGAGGAAGAGCUAAGGACCUUGCAGGAGCACUACUCCCAGAACCUACAGUGCCUGCAGGAGACCCUCUGCCACUAUCAGGGGCAGCCGCCGGAAGCCUUGCUGGCCAGCAGCCCCCACCAGCCCCCUUCCUCCAUCUGGCCAGCUGGCCAGCCCAGGGAUGGUCUGCAAGUAGCCACUGGGGAGGCCGACUCCAUGGUGGGGCUGAGGGAGCGCAUCCAGGAGCUGGAGGCUCAGAUGGACAUCAUGCGGGAGGAGCUGGAGCACAAGGACCUGGAGGGUGACACGGCCACGCUGCGAGAGAAGUACCAGAAAGACUUUGAGAACCUUAAGGCCACCUGCGAACGAGGGUUUGCAGCAAUGGAAGAAACGCACCAGAAGAAAAUCGAAGAUCUCCAGAGGCAGCACCAGCGAGAGCUGGAGAAGCUUCGAGAGGAAAAAGACCGCCUCCUGGCUGAGGAGACUGCAGCCACCAUCUCAGCUAUCGAAGCCAUGAAGAACGCCCACCGGGAGGAGAUGGAGCGUGAGUUGGAGAAGAGCCAGCGGUCCCAGAUCAGCAGCAUCAACUCGGACAUCGAGGCCCUGCGGCGGCAGUAUCUGGAGGAGCUGCAGUCAGUGCAGCGGGAGCUGGAGGUGCUCUCGGAGCAGUACUCGCAGAAGUGCCUGGAGAACGCCCACCUGGCCCAGGCGCUGGAGGCCGAGCGGCAGGCCCUGCGGCAGUGCCAGCGCGAGAACCAGGAGCUCAAUGCCCAUAAUCAGGAGCUGAACAACCGCCUGGCUGCGGAGAUCGCCCGGUUACGGACACUGCUGACAGGGGACGCUGGUGGGGAGGCUGCUGGCUUGCCUCUCACGCAGGGCAAGGAUGCCUAUGAGUUAGAGGUUUUAUUGCGAGUCAAGGAAUCAGAAAUACAGUACCUAAAACAGGAGAUCAGCUCUCUCAAGGAUGAGCUACAGACAGCAUUGCGGGACAAGAAGUAUGCCAGUGACAAGUACAAGGACAUCUACAAGGAGCUCAGCAUCGUGCGGGCAAAGGCCGACUGCGACAUCAGCAGGUUGAAAGAGCAGCUGAAAACAGCCACGGAAGCACUGGGUGACAAGUCCCCCGAGAGCACCCCUGUGGCAGGAUAUGAUAUAAUGAAAUCUAAAAGCAACCCUGACUUCUUGAAAAAGGACAGAUCCUCUGUCAGUCGGCAACUCAGAAACAUCAGGUCCAAGAGUCUGAAGGAAGGCCUGACGGUGCAGGAACGCCUGAAGCUCUUUGAAUCCAGGGACUUGAAGAAAGAUUGACUGUGUCCCGUUCAAUUUGAACACACACCCUUCCCAGCUUGUGGCUGCACAACCCGAAUGCUACUUUCCGUCUGUACCUUUACUUUUUAUUAUUAUUGUUAUUAUUGUCAUUGUUAACUGUGGGUAUGGAUGCAUGAGAGACAGGUUUAUGGGUUGUUCACGCUGUUCCCCGCUGUGUUGAUGGAACUUCCUGUUGUCUUUAUCCAAGCUUGUUUCCAUGGUGAUCUACAGUAAGCCAAGGGGUGGAGAGGGCCAUCUGCUUCAGCUGGCUCUGUGUUGGAAUCCCUUCCCACUGUGGCCCGCCUCCCUCCCUCAUGUCAGUAUUAAGGCCCGGCAGCCGAUAGAUAAGCUAGCUCUGCCUCGUGAGCUGAGUGCACUGCGCGUGGCCCGCUCUGCCGCACGCUGGUCGCUUGGGGGGACAGCACUGGGUUGUGGUUUGGCUGGAUCGCAGCCCUGACAGCUCGCUGGCCUGCAGGAGCUGGGCAGCCGGGUGCGGUGUGUGGCCUUGGCUCCACCUGUGAGCUUGGGAGGAGGCCAGCAUUUGGUACCCGUCCCACUGAUGCAGCUAGAACCACACCCGGGUGUUUGUGGUAAACUUUUCACAACCUUGAAGAUGUCGGAACAGCUUUUCCUGGUUUUGUCUGUUUUUUAUUAAAUCUGGCACAAAACCCCACCCUCUCAUUCCUUCCUACGCUCACUCUUUCCUUGGUCACCAGUCACCCUGUCUUUCCAUAACUAGUUGGCUGUGGACCUGUGGCCUGGGGUUUCAGACUGCAAUUGCAAAUAAUGAUGAAUUCCCUCUGAAAAGAAACCUCAGAUGGCUUUGGAAAAGGCUAAGAGAAGACAAGACCCCUCUGUUAAGUCAGGAAGAAAGUGCAGAGGAUGUCCAAAUCAGAUGGAAAUUGCCCAUUUUGUGUUCUUAACUCUAAUUUAAUUAAUCUAAGGUCUGAAGAGUUCCCUUUUAGCAUUUAGAAAACCUAAAGUAAACCUAUACUAAUAGUUCUGUUUUUUUAACAAGUUGAGUAAGACCUUUUUAACUACCACAAAACACUCUACAGCAGCGGUCGCCAACCUUUCGGACCUCCCGGACCCCCAGUGGCCCGCAGACCACUGGUUGGCGCCUGCUGCUGUACAGCACUUCUUGAAAAGAUCGUAAAUUGGAGUUUCUAUUAUGGACCCAUGAAAACCAUUAACCCUAAGAGGAGGAGUAUAACACCAGGCGGGACCACUGCUGCCUUAGGAGCAAGGUGGGCCGCUGGGGUGGAGCCGGGCGCUGCCUCACGGCCGGGAUCCGAGGCCAAGAGCCUGCUUUCGCUCUCUUAGUGCUCGAGCGGGGCUGACGGUCUCUGGGUGCACAGGGCUUGGGGGUGAUUGUAGGGAUCAUCUUGCUCAGUUUCUAGAUUAAAGGAGUGAGCCAGCUCAUCUGGGAAGAGUCCUGAGAAGGCCCGGGCAAGAGCCCUUGUGUGUGUCUUCUCACGCGAUAGACUCGGAGCUCUCUGCUGGCAUGAGUCUGCCCUGCUCUCCAGUUUUAAGAGUCUUAACCCAAACCUGUCCAUGUUUUUAAAAGUAAGAGAAUGUUAGCUCUGUUUCCUAAUCCUACCUACUGACAUCCCUUGGGACGCAGAUUCACGGUGUUUCUAUAAAGGAUUGUGACUUUCUGUGUCACGUGCAGGAUUCCUGGAGUGCACAGAACUAUGGGGACCCCUGUUUCCAUGCACAUCCUGGCUCUGCAGGCCGUCUGGGCACUGUGGCUUCGUGGCCUUCCUUCAGAGAACUCGCCCCCGAGGUUCUGGGCAGGUCACGCAUGGAGUCCAGCUCCAUCUGCCUCCAGACUGUGCUGGGAGGGUCUGAAAUCUGUGAUGCUUUUGAAUAGGUCCAAAGAGCAUUCACUUUGCUCAUUUGUCCCUUGAGGUUAGGUCUCGGGAAUCCUGGGAAGCAAACGUGUUGAGUGCAGCGUUUGGGAGUCAAAGGCAGAGGCCAGGGAAGACCUCUGGUCACUGCGGCCUCUGUAAGGGACCCUCCUGCUCACCCACUUGCUCUCCUGGGCCUGGUUCGAGCUGGGGUUACCAGGAAACAGGCUGGGAAUGCUCAGCUGGCUGAGAAGCUGUCUCCUCUAACACAGGCUGGUCCCCCUGUAGCCUCCCACAGAGAGUGCGAGCUGCCUUGGCCUCGCUGAGUGUCCGUCCGUAGUGACAACUACGGGCAGGCCAAGCCAGGCCUGAGCCUCCUGCUGCUCGGUCCUGCUCUCCAGCUGGACAGCGCGCAGGACGGGAGCAAAGCGGCCUCACUCCGGCCUGCGUGUCCCCGGGCCCUGCCGCCAGCUCCGCUGUACAAUGCCCUCUGUGUGCUCCGUGCAGGCACCAACCCCCAGGAAGAGUUCAGCCACCUAACCACUGAGGAAAGGAGCAGUGUGGAGGCAGGCCGCCCACAGGGGCUGUGGGAGGGGGAGUGGGGGAUUGGGAGCCCGCUGCUCUGGGCUUCUGCUCCCAGCACGAACCAAGCAGUGGGAGUGUCCACACUUUCCCAGGAAGGAAAAGGAGACCGUGGGCCAGCCCCUCUCAGCUGUAACUAUUCUCCUGUCCAUGUGCACCCGCACCUGUGGUCUGUGAGCACCUGGAACAUGUGGGACAAGCUCGUUAGUGGGAACAGUGUGACUGUGACAGACAGUCGUGCGAACACUGGCGUUAACUACAGGAGCACACGCGGCGGGCCCUCAGGCGCCCUGCAGCCUCCUGGCGGCAGUGGGCUGAGGCGGCAGAGAGCACUCUGCCACUAGAAACUGAGCUUGUGCACCAACGUGGCAGAAAUGAGUUUGAAUUUGUGGCAGGAAGUGGUGGCAGCCCUGGAGUGACAGGCGGCAGCCAUGGUGGGAACGUGUGGGUUUGUCAAGAGCUAAGAUCAGAAGCCCCUCCUUACGAGUCCGGCAAGUGGAAAGGCAGGGAGAACCGGGAAGGGCCCCAGGCUCUGGCUGGUGACGUGGAAGUUGUCACGCCACAGCGUCCAGACCUAGGCACCCGCUCACUGACCCAGCAUCUGGGCACUGGGACCCGCACAGGCCACACACAGGAAGAGGGGACUGCAGUUUUUUAAAAACACAGUUGUGACUCUCAGUCUGCCUGAAAGAAAUAAGGCCAGGAAACAAAAUGGGCCUGAAAAGUACUUUGCAUGGAGAUGCAUUUCUAAUAACCGUCUCUCACCACAGAGGCAGAUGGAGCCCUGAGAGGGAGCACGGUCCUUCCUGUCCCGGCUGCCGGGUGGUCCCCUAGCAAGUCUGUGUUAGACUCAUCCCGAGGGUGAGCGGCACAGCGCCAGCCUGCCCCGCAGCGCCUGGAGGCUGGGCGCCACCCAUGGCCUUUUCUCAGCUACACGUGACAAGGCGUGCUGGGUCGCUGCCCGCCCAGCGAGGAAGGUGCUGCGGGCACCAGUGUGUCCCGGACGCAGUGUGCCUCUGAGGAAAGGUUUUUCUCCCUCAUUGCUGGUAACAACGGCUCCUACAGCCCAGGGCCCUUCAGCCUCGCAGCUUACAGCAGGGCCUGUGGCCUGAUUGCAGGGAGGUGUAGGGGCUGUCUUUUCUGUUCCCUACCCGCUGAUGCCUGCGUGAUGCCUUCAGGCUCACCACAUCCUCCGCACUCCCUCCCCAGUGUGUCUGAGUCUGAGACAGUUCUUCAGGGAUUCAAAGCUGUUUUCAGUUAGAGUGAAAAGAAUGCAACCCAUCAACAUUUAUUUUUCCUGAAAAUAAAAUGUUCUCAUCGUUGUCCUAAGGAGCCUUAGAAUUUAACAUUUCCCUUUAGAGACACAAUUUCAAAAAACAGAGUUCAGUGACACCCCUUUAUCACCAAAGGAAGGAGAAGGGAAUUUAAGUAUUUUCAGAGUUUUACAAAGGAGAUGGAUGUAGUGUUAUACAUAAAAAGUUUAUUUCAUAGGAAACUUGACAUAAACCCAAUAUGGAAACUCACACGUCAAUUUCUAUCAAGUUCUGCCUUCUGGGAAAGACCCGGGCAGAACUUUUUCCCUUUUGAGAACCUAAGUUUCACGUAUUCUUGCUUCUCUAUAAAGUGCAGAGGCCUACCUUCGCUGAAGUCUUUCAACAGAAAGAAUAGCUCAACACGACCACCCCGUGGGGGGCCCAUCGAGCCCCCUCUCCUGUAGGUGCUCACGCAGGACUGUGUGACAACCUAAGCUCAGUGUGGCUCCAGUUUCCUUGUUUUAAAGCAGCUGUCUGUCUUCAAAAUAACCUGUGCAUUCUUCAGAGCAAGCAGUGUAAAUACUAAUCAGAAGUUACUAUAGGAAUUUUUGUGACAAAAAGGGAUGUCUGUAUACAACUAAGCAACAUCACACUUGAAGAUAGCGAGAACAGCUUUGGACAGCAUUGAACCCCACCCAACAUUUCGCUUUUAAUGACUUUCUCAAAGCUUUGGUCAUUGAACAGGUGGUUUUAAAGGCUGUAUACAGUAUCUACAAUAAUGAUAACCCUGCACCCAAACAUUGUUUUUCAUUAAAAAACUCUGUAAUACUU